CGUCUAACGAUCCUAUUGUCUUCUUGCUUAUCCUCCAUGUCUCCGGUGAGAAUCGUCGACAUCAGCUACGUCGCCGUGCCGGCAAAGGCUGCACGGCCACCGGAAGACGUCAAGCUCAACGCCAUGGAAGCCCAGUGGCUGGUGCUUCCACUGCUGCAGUAUAUCUUGUUCUUCGAGGGCGAGCAGCUCCCGCCCUUCGACACAGUUGUCCAGUCCCUCCGGUCCUCCCUCAAGGCGACGCUGGCCAACUUCGCCCCGCUCGCCGGCAAGCUCGUCCACCUCGCGGACACCGGCGACGUCGCCAUCCGCUGCUCCGCCUCCUCCUCCGACGACGGCGUCAGGUUCGUCGUCGCGGAGUCCGAGGCCGACGUCCGCCGCCUCGCCGGCGACGAGGAGCACGACGUGCAGACGUUCGAGCGGCUCGUUCCGGAGCUCGACAUGACCGAGCUGCCCGCUUCCCUGCUGGCCGCGCAGGCCACGCGUCUCGAGGGAGGCGGGGUGGCUCUCGGGGUCACGGUGCACCACGCCGUCGCCGACGGGCGGUCGCUGUGGAGGUUCGUGGAGGCGUGGGCGGCGGCGUGCCGGAGGGACACACCGCCGCCCAUGCCGCCUCCGUGCUUCGAUCGCUUGCGUGUCAGGCUGCCUGGCGGCGAGGAGCUGGCCCGGAGCGUCCUGAGAAAAUACGCACCGAACUUGCCUGUGGUGACCACGCCCUCGAUUCUGCAAGAAGAGCGCCUGCGUUUCAUUCGCUGGACGUUCACCUUGGACUCAAACCACAUCGAGCGACUGAAGCGGCGCAUCGUUCGCCUCGGCGAGGCCCAAGGCGCGCCGUCGUGUCGCCCGCCGUCCAGCUUCGUCGCCGUCGCCGCGCAAGCCUGGACGUGCUUCGUGCGCUGCAGGUCCGUCCCGGCGGACGAGGACGUGUUCCUGUUCUUCUUCGCCGACGUCCGCGGCCGCCUCGACCCUCCCGCAGGCGCGGAGUACUUCGGCGCGUGCCUGAGCGGGUGCCUCGCGACGGUGCCAGCACGGGAGCUCCACGGCGAGCGGGCGCUGGCGGCCGCGUCGGCGGCGGUCCAGGGCGCGAUCCGCGAGAUGACGGAGGACCCGGCGGGCGGGUGGGAGUUCUUGAGGAUCCCCGGCGCCGUGCCCAUGGACAGGCUCCUGAACGUGUCGGGGUCGUCGAGCUUCAGGGCGUACCAGGCCGCUGACUUCGGGUGGGGCAGGCCGCGGCGGACGGUGCCGGUGAGGAUGAACCAGGACGGGCAGGUGGAGCUGGUCCGCGCCAGGGACGCCGACGGGGUGCAGGUGACGGUGUCCAUGCUCCGGCGGGUCCACAUGGACGCCUUCAAGGCACAGUUCCUCGACCUGCUCGAAUGAGCGAUGAUGCUGACGUUUCGAUCAACAAACUUGGUGUUCCUGUGCAACAACAAUUAAGGCAUGUUUCGCACGUGUGGAACAGGGCAGCAUUAUGAUGCUAACCUCGACGUCCAUUGCCGCUGCCGUCUGGCGCAGUGGCUGUGAUGUGCACAUGACGCCAAAUUCAGACAGGCAUUUUGUUUGCCACUUCUCCUGCUG